AUGGCUGGAACACACCCCCGCCAUAAUAACGAAUCACCACCAGCAUGUUUGCCCGCACCUGGCGGAGGUCCCGGCGUGCUUCACGUCGUCGACGGGCGUACGGGGAAGAAGUACGAGCUCGAGAUCAACGAGGACGGCGCCAUUCGCGCCAGCGAUUUCAAAAAGAUUAAGGCGGGAGGAGACGGUAACGGCCUGAAGCUGUACGAUCCGGGUUAUCUAAACACCGCACCUGUGCGGUCGGCCAUCUGCUACAUCGAUGGCGACAAGGGCAUUCUGCGAUACCGCGGUUACCCGAUUGAGGAGCUCGCAGAGCGAAGCACCCACCUUGAGACGGCCUACCUGCUCAUGUAUGGAAAUCUGCCGACCCAGGAGCAGCUGUCGGACUGGGAGGGGACCAUCAUGCAGCACUCCGCGCUCCCUGACGGUGUUCUGGCGGUGAUUGCAGCUCUGCCUCGGGACAGCCACCCGAUGGGCGUGCUCACAGGGGCUCUCUGCGCGCUCUCCUCCUUCCACGCUGAUGCCAACCCUGCUCUCCAGGGCCAAGACCUGUACAAGUCCAAGGCCGUUCGCAACAAGCAGAUUGUGCGAGUUCUUGGCAAGGUGCCCACCAUAGCAGCAGCAGCGUAUCUGCACAUGGCGGGGCGGCCCCCUGUGGCACCAGCAGGCCACCUGUCAUACGCUGAGAACUUCCUCUACAUGCUCGACUCCAUGGGCGACCGCUCGUACCGCCCGCACCCACGCUUGGCGAGGGCGGUGGACAUUCUCUUCAUCCUGCACGCCGAGCACGAGAUGAACUGCUCCACUGCUGCUGCUCGCCACCUCGCCUCCAGUGGAGUGGAUGUGUACACGGCAUUGGCAGGAGCUACUGGUGCUCUGUACGGCCCGCUGCAUGGUGGUGCCAAUGAGGCGGUGUUGAAGAUGCUGAGCGAGAUAGGCAGUGCGGACAAGAUCCCCGAGUUCAUCCAGGGCGUCAAGGACCGCAAGCGCCGCAUGUCGGGGUUUGGGCACCGUGUGUACAAGAACUACGACCCGCGCGCCAAGGUCAUCCGCGGGCUCGCCGAGGAGGUCUUCUCCAUUGUGGGCCGCGACCCGCUUAUUGAGGUGGCAGUGGCGUUGGAGCAGGCAGCACUGUCGGACGAGUAUUUCAUCAAGCGCAAGCUCUACCCCAACGUGGACUUCUACUCCGGCCUCAUCUACCGUGCGCUGGGCUUUCCAACGGAGUUCUUCCCAGUGCUGUUUGCCAUUCCGCGCAUGGUGGGGUACCUGGCGCACUGGAAGGAGUCACUCGACGAUCCUGACACGCGCAUCAUGCGCCCCCAGGAGUGCUACAUCGGGGAGUGGUUCCGCCACUACCAGCCGAUUGCCAUGCGCCCGCCCUCAAGCACGGAGGGUUUAGGAAGCAUGGCGCGAAACGCGGUUACCCCGAGGGCGGUUUUCGCCAGCGGCAUCGCAGCACUCCUCGUGAUGUCUCUGCUGAGCAGCAGCGCGCUGCUGAAGGCGCAGGCGGAGGGGCAGGUGGACUGGGAGGCGCAGACGGAGUCGAUCCUCCAGCAGGUGUCGCAGCAGACUUAUCUCUCCGCCUUCUCCGAGAUCUUCACCGACUUCUACCAAUCCGGCCAGCUGUACAUAGACCAGCCGGCAACGCUGCUGAUCCCCACCAACGUGGGGCACUGGCGCUACCUCACGCAGUGGAACACGCUCACGCCCAAGCAGAAGCGCCGCGUGCUGCGCUACCACGUGCUUAAGGGCCGCUACACCACACAGGAGCUCCUCGACGCGGCGCCGCUCACGCUCUUCCCCACGCUGAACCAGAACCUGCCGCUGAACAAGACUGCCAAGCCCAACGAGGUCUACUUCCAGUCCGUGCCCCCCAUGAAGUUCGCCUCUCCCCUCAGCGUGCCCAACGCCGGCCUCACGGAGAAUCUGGCGGCGCAUGGCGUCACGUUUGUCAUCCUGCCGCCCAACCUCGACUGCACCUCGUCUGCUUGCAAGAAGCGGCAGUUCUAA